GGCCGGGUGGGGAGGCUGACCGCGGCACUCCCGCGGAGGAUGGAUGGCCGAGAUUUCGGUCCCCAGCGGUCCGUCCACGGCCCCCCGCCGCCGCUGCUGUCCGGCCUGGCCAUGGACAGCCACCGCGUGGGCGCGGCCACCGCCGGACGCUUGCCCUCCUCGGGCUUGCCAGGUCCCCCGCCGCCCGGGAAAUACAUGGCUGGUCUCAACCUACACCCGCACCCGGGCUUCUCGCACCUGCCCAGUGGGCUGUACCCAUCCUACCUCCACCUAAACCACCUGGAGUCCCCCAGCAGCGGGAACCCCCUCCUCAGCCAGCUGGGUCAGCCCAGCAUCUUCGAUACCCAGAAAGAUGGCUUCUACCUGCCCGCACCGGGGACCCUGCAUGCCCACACGCCCUCAUCCAGAACAACCAGUGGCCACUCCUCAGGCGGUCCAGCCAAAAGCUCGUCCCGGGAAGGUACAGGGAAGGAUCGCUCAGGCCGUGGUGGAGACCCUCCUCCGUUGUUUGGCAAGAAAGACCCUCGGGCACGCGAGGAGGUGUCCGGGCCCCGAGGUGUGGUGGACUUGACCCAGGAGGCCCGAUCGGAGGGCCGCCAGGACCGGGGAUCCUCACGCCUGGCUGAGCGCCUAUCUCCGUUUUUGGCAGAGGCCAAAGCCAAGGGUGUACUGCAGCCGUCGGCCUUGAGCUUGUGCAAUGGUGUGGUGGAUGCGGGACUGGUGGCCGAGCUGGGCCGAGGAGGUGCCAAGGAGGUAACCAGGCAGGAGGAGAAUGCUCGGCUGCUGCGGCGAGCUGAGGCCCUGCUGCCCGCCGCAAGGCCCUGUGGGUCCCCACUACCACCGCCACCACCGCUGCCCCCCAAGGGUCCCCCUGCACCCCCUUCCUCGACACCAGCCGGUGUCUACACCGUGUUCCGUGAACCAGGCCGUGAGCACCGCGUGGUGGCACCCACCUUUGUGCCUUCUGUGGAGGCCUUUGAUGAGCGUGUGGGACCCAUCCAGAUAGCAUCCCAGGCUCGUGAUGUCCGGGCCAGGGAGCGUGAGCCAGGCCGCCCUGGGGUCCUGCAAGGUCCACCUGGAUCUCCACGACUGGAGCGACCAGAGGUUCUGCGGGAGAAAAGUUCGGUCAUCCGCUCCCUCAAGCGUCCGCCUCCAUCGGAUGGACCUCCAGCAGCCCGCUCCUCCCGCUCCUCCCCGGAUGCCCGAGCCUACCUGCCCCCUAAGGAACUACUCAAGCCCGAGGCUGAUCCGAGGCCUUGCGAGCGCGCACCCCGAGGCCCGAGCACUUCUGCCGCCCAGCAGGCUGCUAAGCUCUUCGCCCUGGAACCCUCCCGACCACCGGGGCCGGAACACAAGUGGAAACCCUUUGAGCUGGGCAACUUCGCCACCACUCAGAUGGCUGUCCUGGCAGCCCAGCACCACCAUGCCAGCAGAGCCGAAGAGGAAGCAGCUGUUGCCACAGCAUCCAAAAAGGCCUACCUGGACCCCGGGGGCGCAAUGCCCCGUGCCUCGGCCACCUGCGGCAGGCCCGGUGCUGACCUCCACUCCGCAGCUCACGGACCCGGAGAGGCCUCCGCUAUGCAGAGCCUCAUCAAAUACAGUGGUAGCUUUGCUCGGGAGGCGGUGGCAGUGCGCCCCGGUGGCUGCGGGAAGAAGAGCCCCUUUGGAGGCCUGGGCACCAUGAAACCUGAACCUACACCCACGUCUUCGGCUCCCCCUAGAGCCCAGGCCCGACUCACACACCCCGGGGUCCCUACAGCUGGAGGGGGCCGGCAGCUGAAACGGGACCCGGAGAGACCUGAGAGUGCCAAGGCCUUUGGGCGAGAGGGCUCUGGUGCCCAGGGGGAAGCCGAAGUAAGACACCCGCCCGUUGGCAUUGCCGUGGCUGUGGCCCGGCAGAAGGACAGCGGGAGCAGUAGCCGGCUGGGGCCUGGGCUGGUAGACCAGGAACGCUCUUUGUCACUGAACAAUGUCAAAGGGCAUAGCCGGACUGAAGAUGACUGUGAUCGAGCCAGGCACCGGGAGGAUCGGCUGCUAGGGACACGGCUGGACCGGGACCAGGAGAAGUUGCUCCGAGAGAGUAAGGAGCUGGCUGAUUUGGCCCGUCUACACCCCACCAACUGUGCUCCCAAUGGUCUGAACCCCAACCUCAUGGUGACUGGCGGCCCGACGCUGGCAGGCUCAGGACGCUGGUCUGCUGAUCCCGCAGCGCACUUGGGCACGCACCCCUGGCUGCCUCGCUCCGGUAGCACUUCCAUGUGGCUUGCUGGACACCCCUACGGCCUGGGACCCCCUUCUUUGCACCAGGGCAUGGCCCCCGCAUUCCCACCUGGCUUAGGGGGCUCCUUGCCAUCAGCUUACCAGUUCGUCAGGGACCCCCAGUCUGGCCAGCUGGUGGUUAUUCCUAGUGAUCACCUGCCUCAUUUUGCCGAGCUGAUGGAGCGCGCAGCAGUGCCUCCCCUCUGGCCGGCCCUUUACCCGCCGGGCCGUAGCCCCCUGCACCACGCCCAGCAGCUGCAGCUCUUCUCUCAGCAGCACUUUUUGAGGCAGCAAGAGCUGCUCUACCUGCAACAGCAGGCGGCCCAGGCCCUGGAGCUGCAGCGGAGCGCACAGCUGGUGCAGGAGCGAUUGAAAGCACAAGAGCAUCGGACCGAGAUGGAGGAGAAGAUGAGUAAGAGGGGCCUGGAGACCACGGGCAAGGCCGGCCUGAGCGCUACAGGCCCCGGGCUUCUGCCUCGCAAGUCCUCCGGCCUGGCCGCCGGCCCGACAGGCACCCACAGCAAGGCCAUGAGCCCACCCCCGUCUCCCAGAGCCUCCCCAGUGACCUCUCUGAAGGCCAAGGUCAUCCAGAAGGUGGAGGAUGUGUCUAAGCCUCCAGCCUAUACCUACCCCGCCACACCUAGCUCGCACCCCAGCAGCCCACCGCCUGCCUCCCCACCUCCUACCUCUGGGCUCACCCGCAAGGAAGAGGCUCCCGAGAACGUGGUGGAGAAGAAAGACCUGGAGUUGGAGAAGGAGGCGCCCAGCCCGUUCCAGGCCCUAUUCACAGAUAUCCCUCCCAGGUAUCCAUUCCAAGCCCUGCCACCACACUAUGGGCGACCCUACCCCUUCCUGUUGCAACCCACCGCAGCCGCUGAUGCUGAUGGCCUUGCCCCAGAUGUGCCACUCCCAGCUGAUGGGCCCGAAUGCCUGGCACUGUCUCCUGAAGACAAGCCCAUCUGCCUGCCACCCUCUAAGAUCCCAGAGCCACCUCGGGACAGCCCAGAGGAGGAGCCGCUGGCCGACCGGGAGGUAAAGGCUGAAGUUGAGGAAAUCGAAGAGGGCCCCACAGAGCUGCCUCCCCUCCAGUCACCCUUGACCCUGCCCGUCCCAGAGACCAUGGUGGCUGUGAGCCCUGCUGGUGGCUGCGGAGGUAGUCCUCUAGAGGCCCAGGCGUUGAGCACAGCAGGUCCGGGCUGCCGGGAGCCCUCUGAAGUGUCAGACUUUGCACAGGUUGCUGAACCACAGAUAGAACUACCGAGUAGGACAGAGCCCCGCAUGGCUGCCCUGGAGCUGGGGACACAGCUGACACCUGAGCCACUGGUGGAGACUAAGGAAGAACCAGUGGAAGUGCCCCUGGAUGUGCCAAUGGAGGAACCCACGGCAGAGGCAGGGCCUGAGGACAGUCUGCCCCAGCCAUCCUUGACUGAGCCUCAGCCCAGCCUUGAACUCUCAGACUGUGAUUUGCCUGUCCCAGAGGGCCAGUGUCUUAACCUGGAGGCCCAGGAGGCCACUCCUGCUCCUGCCAAUACCUGUUAUCUAGAAGAGACCCACUCUGAAUCACUCCUUCCUGGCCUGGAUGACCCACUGGCUGGCAUGAAUGCACUGGCAGCUGCAGCGGAGCUGCCCCAGGCCAGGCCUCUGCCCUCCCUGGGUACUGGAGCCCCAGCGGGGGAGAAGCUGGAUACAGCCCCCAGCCUAGUCCUGGAGCACAGCUUCCUGCAGGGCAUCACCCUCCUCAGUGAGAUAGCCGAGCUGGAGCUGGACCGGAGGGGCCAGGAGGUUGCAGAUCCAGAGCCAAACCUAGUUGUGAGACCCUCCCUGGAAAGCCUGCUGGUGGCCAGCAGCCACAUGCUGAAGGAGGUGCUGGAGAGCCCCUUCUCGGACCCACUCAAGAACCUGCAGCUUCCUCGGGAGCUGAGCUCCAACAAGAAGUAUAGCUGGAUGCAGAAGAAAGAGGAUCGGAUGUUUGCUAUGAAGUCUUCCUUGGAGGACAUGGACGCGCUGGAGCUGGACUUCCGGAUGCGACUGGCAGAGGUCCAACGGCGGUACAAAGAAAAACAGCGGGAGCUGGUCAAGCUCCAGAGACGCCGCGACUCGGGGGACAGGCACGAGGAUGCCCAUAGAAGCCUGGCACGCAGAGGCCCUGGCAGGCCGAGGAAACGGACCCACACCCCGAGCGCCCUGUCGCCCCCCUGCAAGAGAGGGAAGAGCCACAGCGGUAGCGGAAAGCUAAGCAGCAAGUCUUUGCUGACAUCAGAGGACUAUGAUCUGGGAGCGGGGAUAAGGAAGAGACACAAGGGGUCUGAGGAGGAGCAAGAGGCCCUCAUCGGCAUGGGGAAAGCCCGGGGCAGGAACCAGAGCUGGGACGACCACGAAUCUUCGUCUGAUUUUAUCAGUCAGCUAAAGAUUAAGAAGAAAAAGAUGGCGAGCGACCAGGAGCAGUUGGCAAGCAAGCUAGACAGAGCCCUCUCCCUCACAAAACAAGACAAGCUGAAGUCACCCUUCAAGUUUUCCGACAGCCCUGGGGGGAAACCGAAAACCGGUGGGGGCUGUGGCAGGUUCUUGACACAGUAUGACAGCCUGCUGGGCAAGGACAGGAAAGCGCUGGCCAAAGGACUCGGCUUGUCUCUGAAAACCUCCAGAGAAGGUAAACACAAAAGAGCUUCCAAAGCCAGGAAGAUGGAGGGGGGCUUCACGGCCAGAGGCCAGCUCAAGUCUGUCCAUUCUCCAUUUGCCUCGGAAGUAAGCAGUCAGUCCUACAAUACGGACUCAGAUGAAGACGAAGACUUCCUGAAGAAUGAGUGGUCUGCCCAGGGCCCCUCCAGCUGCAAACUGACCUCGUCCCUCCUGUGUGGCAUAAUGCCCAAGAACAGCAAGCCAGCCACAGGCCCUAAGCUGACCAAGAGGGGCCUGGCAGGCCCCCGGACUUUGAAACCCAAGGUGGCCAGCAGCAGGAAGCAGUCGUUUUGUUUGCUGCUCCGAGAGGCCGAGGCCCGUUCCUCCUUCAGCGACUCUUCAGAGGACGACUCCUUUGAUCAAGAUGACAGCUCAGAAGAGGAGGAGGAAGACGAGGACGAGGAAGGCGUUGGUAGCUAUAGGCUGGGUGCCGGGGAACAGGCCCUGUCGCCAAGCCUGGAGGAGAGUGGGCUGGGCCUGCUGGCUCGCUUUGCAGCCAGCGCUCUCCCCAGCCCUGUCGUUGGGCCACCCCUGUCUGUGGUGCAGCUGGAAGCUGAGCAGAAGGCCCGGAAGAAGGAAGAACGGCAGAGCUUGAUGGGCACAGAGUUCGAGUAUACAGACUCAGAGAGUGAAGUGAAGGUUCCCAAGCAGUCACCUGCUGGGCUGCUGCGGCCCAAGAAAGGGGUCGGGGAGCCAGGCCAGUCUCUGGCUGCACCCGUACCUGGCACCCGGGCCUCUGGUCCCACCAGCCCAGACAAGGCCAAGCUGGCCUCAGAGAAAGGACGAAAAGCCCGGAAGAUACGUGGCCCCAAGGAACCUGGCUUUGAGGCGGGGCCAGAGGCCAGUGACGACGACCUGUGGACACGACGCAGAAGUGAACGCAUCUUCUUACACGAUGCGUCCGCUGCAGUCCAGGCACCCAGCAACACGGUGCCAGCAACCAAGCCUAGCCGCUGUGGCAGGGGUGGUGCCCCGAGUCCACGGAAGGACACCGGCCGAGCCAAGGACAGGAAGGACCCCAGGAAGGUAAGGGCUCAGCUCAGGCCCCCUGGUCUUCAUCCUUCCUUAGGGUAUGGCUUUGAUGUUAGCAGUGUGUCCAUAGAAGGUCCUACCAUGUCUGCUAACCGAGGAAAGGGGGGGGCCGUGAGUAAACUGAUGGAGUGCAUGGCGGCAGAGGAGGACUUCGAACCCAACCAGGAUUCAAGCUUCUCUGAGGAUGAGCACUUACCCCGUGGUGGGGCCACAGAGAGACCUUUGACCCCAGCCCCCCGCUCCUGCAUCAUUGACAAGGAGGAGCUGAAGGACGGCCUGCGGGUACUCAUCCCUAUGGACGACAAGCUGCUGUAUGCGGGACACGUGCAGACCGUGCAUUCACCCGACAUAUACCGUGUGGUGGUGGAAGGUGAGCGUGGGAACCGUCCCCACAUCUACUGCCUGGAACAGCUACUGCAGGAGGCGAUUAUAGACGUGAAGCCGGCCUCUACACGCUUCUUGCCCCAGGGGACCAGGAUCGCUGCCUACUGGAGCCAACAGUACCGCUGCCUGUAUCCAGGCACGGUGGUCCGAGGGCUGCUGGACCUUGAAGAUGAUGGAGACUUGAUCACCGUGGAGUUUGAUGACGGAGACACCGGCAGGAUCCCUCUCUCACACAUCCGCCUCUUGCCGCCUGACUAUAAAAUACAAUGUGCUGAGCCAUCCCCAGCACUCCUAGUGCCCAGUGCAAAACGCCGUAGCAGGAAGACCAGCAAAGACACGGGGGAAGUCAAAGAAGGGGCUGCCACGGGGCCUCAGGAGGCUACAGGGGGCAAGGCUCGAGGGAGAGGACGGAAACCUAGCAUCAAGGCUAAGGCUGACAGAGCUGUUGUCCUAGAGGAAGGGGCUGCCACCAGUGAGGUUCCCAGUACUCCCUUAGCCCUGGAACCCAUCAGCACUCCAAAUUCUAAGAAGAGUACACCAGAACCAGUGGACAAGCGGGCCAGAGCCCCCAAAGCACGCUCAGUCUCUGCACAGCCCAGCCCCGUACCACCCACCUUCUCUAGCUGCCCAGCUCCGGAAUCCUUUGGGGAGCUUCCAACCCCUGCUACAACCCCACUCGUCACCAUGCCUGUCACCAUGCCUGCCACUCGCCCCAAACCCAAGAAGGCUCGGGCUGCCGAGGGGUCAGGUGCCAAAGGUCCCCGGAGGCCAGGAGAAGAUGAUGAACUGCUUGUCAAACUGGACCACGAGGGGGUCAUGUCUCCCAAAAGCAAGAAGGCCAAAGAGGCCCUCCUCCUGCGGGAAGAUCCAGGGCCCGGGGGUUGGCCAGAGUCCACAGGGUUGCUUAGCCUGGCCAGCUACUCACCAGCUGUUGGCAGCAGUGAGCCCAAGGCCACCUGGCCCAAGGGUCUAGAUGGAGACCUUACUCAGGAGCCCGGGCCGGGGCUUCCUUUAGAAGAUCCUGGCAACUCCAAAAGCCCAGACAAGGCCCAGGCUGAACAGGAUGGGGCAGAGGAGUCAGAGACCACUUCCAGAAGCAGCAGCAGCAGCAGCAGCAGCAGCAGCAGUAGUAGCAGCAGCAGCAGUAGCAGCAGCAGCAGCAGCAGUGGUUCAGAGACAGAAGGCGAGGAGGAUGCUGAGAAGAACAGGGAGGACAGCCGUGGUGCAGGGGGCCGGACCUGCAGUGCUGCCAGCUCCAGGGCCUCUUCUCCUGCCUCCUCUUCCUCCUCUUCCUCCUCCUCCUCUUCCUCCUCCUCUUCUUCCUCUUCCUCCUCCUCUUCUUCAUCUUCUUCCUCUUCCUCAUCUUCCUCUUCCUCUUCCUCUUCUUCUUCCUCCUCUUCCUCUUCCACGACAGACGAGGACUCUUCUUGCAGCUCUGAUGAUGAAGCAGCCCCUGCACCCGCCGCUGGUCCCUCCACACAGCCAGCGCUCCCCGCUAAGGUAUCCAAGCCACCUAGCAAGGCACGCUCCUCCUCGGCUCACUCCCCAGGCAAGAAGGCACCCCCUGCCACCCAGCCACCGCCCCAGCCCCCACCCCAGCCCCAGCAGACUCUUCAGCCCAAGACCCAGGCUGGGGCUGGGCCCAAGAGCCGACCCAAGAAGAGAGAAGGCGUACACCUGCCUACCACCAAGGAGCUGGCCAAGCGGCAGCGGCUGCCAUCUGUGGAGAACAGACCCAAGAUCGCUGCCUUCCUACCUGCCCGGCAGCUGUGGAAGUGGUUUGGCAAGCCCACCCAGCGACGAGGCAUGAAAGGCAAGGCCCGCAAGCUGUUCUACAAGGCCAUUGUCCGAGGCAAGGAGAUGAUCCGAAUCGGUGACUGCGCAGUGUUCCUGUCAGCUGGCCGCCCCAACCUGCCCUAUAUUGGCCGGAUCCAGAGCAUGUGGGAAUCAUGGGGCAACAACAUGGUAGUUCGUGUCAAGUGGUUCUACCAUCCAGAGGAGACCAGCCCGGGCAAGCAGUUCCAUGAGGGCCAGCACUGGGACCAGAAGUCGGGGCAUAGCCUCCCUGCAGCCCUGCGGGCCUCCAGCCAGAGGAAGGACUUCAUGGAGCGUGCCCUGUACCAGUCCUCCCAUGUGGAUGAGAACGACGUUCAGACAGUGUCCCACAAGUGCCUGGUGGUGGGCCUGGAACAGUAUGAACAGAUGCUAAAGACCAAGAAAUACCAGGACAGCGAGGGCCUCUACUACCUCGCGGGCACUUAUGAGCCCACCACUGGCAUGAUCUUCUCCACAGACGGCGUGCCUGUGCUCUGCUGAGUGCCGCCCACCCAGCGGGGCCCACAGAGACCCCUCUCCCCACCACUGCCAUGGCGCGGGACCACGUGUGUUGUGUGCAUGCCAGUGUGCUAGUGGGCGUGUGCAUGUGGCCAGGUGGACGCCCCAGGCAAGUGCGAGUGUGUACAUGUGUGUGCCCGUAUGCAUGCACGUGUGUGCACACAUGUGCACACAUUUCCAGACCCUUUCUGGUCAUCCCCUGGUGCCCUCAUGCUGAGAAUCCCCUCCCCCCACCUCAGCUAUCAGGGUCCGGCUCUGCUAUCCCCUCAGGGUCACCUCAGUGAGGGUUUCCCUCCAGCACUUUGUAUGCGCUUCAUGAGGCUGCCCUCUGAGCUCUGGGCCUGUGUAGACUCUUUGAUUCUGUGGACGGAGGAAGGGAAAAUUCCAAGGACCUAACCUGAUGUUUGGUAUAGAGUUCAGCCACACCCAGCACGGAGCCCAUCCAAGACCUCCUACCAUGGGCCGGGGGUCCGGGAGGCCCAACGCCAGCCAGCUUCACCAAUCACAUCCGGGCAUCUGGGCAUCCGAAUGCCCGGCCUCCACCCUCUCAGGACAGCCUGGACUUGGGGAACAAGGCAGGGGAAGGCAGCCCAGAAGCAUCAUCAUACCCCGUGGGCCCCCCCAGCCCAGACCCUUACACUACAGAAAUCCCCAAUGGUGCUGAAAUCCGCGCCCAUGCCCGGCACGGCCCGCCCGGCCCCUCCACCAGGAGGAUCCGAAAGGUUACCUGUACAGUUUACUGUAGCCUGCCCCUGUAUCAUACACCUUUAAAUGGAGUCAACUUUUUAAUUAUAUAUAUAAAGAUAAAUAUAUAUAAAUAUAUAUAUAUAAACUUUUUAAAACUGUGAAAAAUAGCUAUGAAAUUAUAAAAAAAAAACACAUUCUGACGUGCAGAAUAUUAUUUUUUAUUUCCUGUUAGAUCGUGAAUGUCUAGCACCGGCUUUAUGCCUCCCCCCCUCCCCUGUGCCCUCACCCCUGCCCAUGUGUACUGUAUCUGCCCCCAAAUGGAUGAGAGAUGGAGAUAGACGGAGGGGACCCGAGCCCAGCCCCCAGCUCAGCCCGAAGCACUUAACCAGUCCCCCUGUGCCUGCCAGACCCCAGUGGGGUCCCCGGAGGCUUUGAGCAGACAAUCUUGAAGGAAGGAAAAGCCAGAUUUCGGUUUUGUUUUUUCUUUUCUUUUUGGGGUGGGGGGUAAUUACUGUUUCCUGAU